AGUGUUUGCCCGAAGUUGGGGACACCGGAGGCUUUGUGACCGGCUCCAGGCUGUUGUGAGUGACGUCUGACCUAAGGGUGACACUGGUGGUGUCGCCGCCACUUCAGAGGACUAGGAGGUAGGAAGGAGAUCACCGUGCAGGGCUGAGAUGGAUCCGCUCAGGGCCCAGCAGCUGGCGGCGGAGCUGGAGGUAGAAAUGAUGGCUGAUAUGUACAACAGAAUGACAAGUGCCUGCCACCGAAAGUGCGUGCCUCCCCACUACAAGGAAGCAGAACUGUCCAAGGGCGAGUCUGUAUGCUUGGACCGGUGUGUCUCCAAGUACCUGGACAUCCAUGAGCGGAUGGGCAAAAAGCUGACGGAGUUGUCUAUGCAGGAUGAAGAGCUGAUGAAGAGGAUGCAGCAGAGCUCUGGGCCUGCAUGAGGCCCCACAGGAUCCACCCCGAGGUGCACCCUGUCCCUUCCCACUUGUCUAAUUAAAGUGCCCCUGUGGGGUUCAUCUGUGAGGACUGUCAGGCCUAGGCUGUCUCUAGAGAGUCUCCGGGAGCCUGAAGCCUGGCUCUCCCCGAGGUGAAGAAUGGGUAUUUGUCACACUGGAGUGUGACUGUGCGGGUGUGUGUAUGUGUGUGUGUAUAUUAAAAGAUUUUGUUGACACCUACUGUGUGCAAAUAAAAAAUGCUCUUAGCAUCAA